UCUAUGCACAUUGAACAUGAAUACGAGGCCGCGCAGGCGCAGUGUUGUGACGUGACGUAAUUGUCCAUUCAUACUUUUUUGUUCAUUCAAUGAAACAAAUAUUUUAUUGAUGAAGUGUUGUGUAAAUCAAAUUACGACUGCUAAUGUCCAAGUGAACUCCUGUAUGAGUGUUCCAAUUAGUUAGUACAGUGAUGUGAAAAAUUGUGUUUACUAAAUACUCUUGAAGUGCAUUCAUUGAUAAAUUUAAUAGCAGCUAUUAAGCACAUGCGCGUUGCAUCUGUGAAUUCAUUCAAUUUUAACUGUGCUUUUGAAAAAUGUAGAAAUAUAAAAUUUGUAUUCAUGUUUCAUUUUGUUCGAAUCGGAACUGUCUUGUUGUCUCUACCUCGUUGAAAACAGGCCUAAGUAGAACAUUACGACACUCCGGAAGUGGCGGGACAAGCCGGCCGAGGGGCUCGUUCCGAAAGAGAUAACAGCGGAUGAAAGAGAUAAACAGUUAUGGAUUUAACAUGGCGGACGAAACGCGUAAAGUGCGAGUAGAAGAAAGAUUGAAAAUCAAGAUUGGUGAAGCCAAGAAUCUCCCAGCUCGCAACAAUGGCGCCGCCUGCUACCGCGACAUAUACUGCGUGUUGUCCCUCGACCAAGAAGAGAUAUUCCGCACAUCCACAAUGGAGAGAACACUUAACCCAUUUUUCGGCGAGGAAUUCCAGUUCGAAGUACCACGUAGAUUCAGAUACCUAUCCAUAUACGUGUUCGACCGUGAUAAACAUCUCAAACAAGAUAAGGUGCUCGGCAAGGUUGCGAUCAAACGCGAAGAUUUGCAGCGAUACAACAACAAAGACCACUGGUUCGCCUUGCGACCGGUGGACGCGGACUCUGAGGUCCAGGGCAAGGCAUACAUCGAGCUCACGCUGGAGGACUCGAGGAAACGAUUGCGCAUGGACCCCAAACCGCCCGAUCCGGACCCGAAUGCCGACAACAGCUCGUCGAAGACGAAAGCUAACAAUCUCACCAGACUGUCAGAAUAUUGUAAGGAAAGUAUGAGGUUCGGGACGAGCUCGAGUUCUACGAGCAAAAAGCUCAGUACGGUCGCGACGGAGCCAGCUUUGGCACUCUCGAGAUCAGAGAGCCUCAAAGAUCGCGCGCAGUGGGCGGUGAGGACAAAACCCCCGAUGCACGCAAUGUCAGAGUCUGACGCAUCCCCCACACCCACCGCAGCCGACUACUGGUCGGACCCUGAGAGACAUUGUGCGGCUCGCGUCGGCCCCGACACGAUACGGUUAAGAGUUCUGGAAUGUUCGGAACUCACCACGAAGAACGGCCAGUGUGAUCCCUUCGCUCUCGUUACGUUGUUGUAUUCGAACGGGCGGAGAGUCGAGAGACGUACAAAGCCUAGAAAGAAAACCGUCAACCCGCAGUUUGAUGAGAUUUUCUGCUUCGAUCUCGUGAUGGAAGCCGAUCCGAAAGACAAGGACGGCUCACAAACGGCAGGAGUAGCGUGCGAAGCGAGGGUCUCCGUUUGGCACGACGCAGCCACACCAGUAUUUCUCGGCGAAGUUCGGUUGCAGUUACGGCAGCCUGCCCCUUCACCACUAUGUGCAUGGUACUUUCUGAGAUCACGCGCCGGCGGAGCGCUGUCGCGAGGCGCCACGCCGCCGGGCACGCGGCUAUCAGCGGCGGGCAGCGCGGCGCUGGGAUCGCUGAGGUUGCUGCUGCAGUACACCGUGGACCACGUUUUCCCGCUGCACCACUACACCGAGCUGGAGGAGCUGUUCUUGCGCAGCGUGCACCAGAAGCCAAUAACGACGUCGGCAGUGUACAUCCUGGGUGAGAUAGUGUCGAGCAAGACGGACGCGGCGCAACCGCUGGUGAGACUGUUCACCCACCACGACCUCAUCGUGCCCAUCGUCAAGGAGCUCGCCAACGCCGAGAUAUCCGUACUGACUGACGCGACGACCAUAUUCCGCGGCAACACGCUGGUGUCGAAGAUGAUGGACGAGGCGAUGCGGUUGACGGGCGCGGCGUACCUGCGCGGCGUGCUGCGGCCGACGCUGGCCGCCGUGCUGGCGGAGCGGCGGCCCUGCGAAAUCGACCCCGCGCGCGUCAAGCCCGCCGCCGCCGUCGCCGCCAACCUCGCCAACCUGAAAGACUACGUCGAGCGGGUGUUCGCAGCCAUCACGUCGUCGUACGCGUCGUGCCCGGCCGCCAUGUGCCGGCUGUUCGACGCGCUGCGCCAGUGCGCCGUGCGCCACUUCCCCGCCAACGCGGAGGUGCGCUACUCUGUGGUGUCCGGCUUCAUCUUCCUGCGGUUCUUCGCGCCCGCCAUCCUCGGCCCGCGGCUCUUUGACCUCACCACCGAGCAAAUUGACCCCCAGACGAACCGGACGCUGACGCUGAUCUCCAAGACGAUCCAGUCGCUGGGCAACCUCGUGAGCAGUCGGUCGGCGCAGCAAGUCUGCAAGGAGGAGUACAUGGCCGAGCUGUACCGGAGUUUCUGCACGCCUCGACAUGUGCAAGCUAUAAAACAGUUCCUAGAAAUAAUAUCAACCAGUUCGGACACACAGAACAACAAUAUACAAGAGACGCCUGUUCUACUCAAAGAAGGGACGAUGAUCAAGCGGUCGGAGGGCGUGCGCGGCAACAGCUCGCCGCGGCGGCGCUGGGCGCGCACCGCGCACGCGCACUGCAAGCGGCGCCACUUCAGGCUCACCAGCGGCGAGCUGUCGUGGUCGCGGUGCGGCGCGAAAGGCGCGGGCGCGCGCGGCGCGCACCGGCUGGCGCUGGCGGGCGUGCUGAGCGUCGUGCCCGUCGACUGCCCGCCCGCCGGCGCGCCGCUCGACGCCAAUAACAUAUUCCAGAUAGUGCACCGCGAGCGCGUGCUGUUCGUGCAAGCGAGCAACUGCGUGGAGCGCGCCGAGUGGCUGCGCCUGCUGUCGGCGCUGUGCCGCCACGCGCUGGCGCCGCCGCACAAGGGCUACUACGCCGACUGCAAGUGGACUUGUUGCGGGCGAACGGAGCCCGAGGCGGAGGGGUGCGGCGGCGCGGGCGGCGAGGCGGACACGCAGCGGGGGCCGGCGACGCUGGCGCUGCGGCUGGACCCCGCGCGCGACCUGCAGCGGCUGCACGCGCUGCUCGUGGCGCACGUGCACCGGCUCGACGAGCGCCUGCACCGCCCGGCAGAUGACGCAACACCUGAAGAGCGCGAAGGUGAAGCGGUGACGUUGCGUGAACUACAAAAAAUUAUGUUCGACCUCGAGCACCGACAUUGUAUAUACAGAAGAUCGUUAGCUAGAGAAACUAAAUAUGGCAGCAAACAAGCCCCUAUCGGCGACGACAACUACCUGCAGCUGGCCGGCGCCGCGGGGAACGCGGACAGCGGCUCGCUGUUCUGGCGACCGUGGCGCGGCGGCUCUUCGCCCACCGUCGACCUCGACGGCAAGACGCUACCGCUGCAGACCUCCCCCGACGUGUGCUCCAGCACCGAGUCGCUGCGGCUGGCGCGCCUCGCCGACGAGCGCUCCUCGGGCAAGAGCACCAAGUCGGCCGGCAGCGGGUACCUCGCCAUGUCCUGCCUCAAACACGAGCCGUCCGAGGACAGCGACGCGUCCGCCGACCGCCCCGCGCGUCCACCUAAGCCAGCGCGUCUAUCCCCGUCCCGCGCGCCUCUGCCCCCCGCCUGCGAGUACGUCGACGUCGAACUCAAGCCACCGCUCCGUCGCCCUCGCCCUGACCUCGCUUUCCUAUCAGCGCAGCUCACACGGCUGGAAACUGACGUCACUGUCCGGUGCAAGGAGUACGAGCUCAUGUCCAACUUUAUGAGCCACUCGCAUGCGUCUGACGACGACGCGCCGCCGGCGGUUCCCCCGCGCGUGCGUAUGUUGCCCAAGCCGGUGGAUAUCGACGUCAGCAAGUCAGAUGAGCAUUCCACGUUCAGGCACGAAGCUAUAUGCGGCUCGACCACCAGUCUGCCGGAAGGAAGGUCCCAAAUUACCAAUUUCGAGGCAGGCGAAUCUAGACCUGCGAGUAAAAUAGACACUGUAUCCAAUGACGACAGUUUGCUCGAUGAGCUGCAGCGCGACACGUACUGCGUAUUAAAAGUGUGCGAGGACGAAAGCCCCGAAGUUGAGUCUGCGGACAACAAAAGCGAGGAGCCUUCUGUGGUCAAAGAAAAAGAAGAGUGCGGGAUGUUCUCGAGGAUUAGCCUGCAGCGGAAAUCUAACCCUAUUAAAACUCAGUCAGGGUCUAUGAAACCGUUGAAGACGUCCAACUCCACAUCGAACGUUCACGACGCCGGAUCUCAUUCCUCGAGGCCGCUGGCGGAGCGGUUGACGCCGUUUUUUCUGAAGAAGAAACCGAAGCCACCGGAAGACCAGGCAUCUAAAAGUUCGCGGAAAGAGGAUAAUCUGAUUGGGAGGCUGACGCCGCGGUUCAGUCAGUCGCGACUCUAUGGACGGGGACAAUCGUUGGAGCUCGCACCAGAGAGUAAAACAAAGCGUAUAGAACGCUCAGCGACUACUGUGAACAUUCCAACAAGGCCCAUCAACUCCUCAAUAGUGGCGAAUCUAAAAUUCCUGACCUUACAUCGAUAUGGAGCGCAGGAUGACGUGCAGUGCCACGCGUUCGUGCGGAACACUGAGGAAGAGGCGAGUGCUGGCGCGGAGGGGGAGGAGGGCUGGAGGCGCGCGCACGGACCCCUCCUCGCUGCAACCACGGACAUCAGACUGUGAAAGUGAAACGUACUCAGUGUUGUGUGUAGUUUUGUGAAACUGAAACAGUUUUCUAUGACAUUAAGUGCAUCCGCUCACUUACAAUUGUAAGUUGGCCGACUAAAUCUCAGAAAACUAAUAGUGAUAUAUGAGACCCAGCACCUGUUUCCAACUAAUAAAUUGGAAACCUAUUGCACCAGAAUCCCGAUUCCCUUUCGACUAUGUACAAUUAAAAAGUUGUCCGACUAAAUUGUUAAAGAAAACAAUUUAGUUGUUCGAUAGUCAGCCAACUUACAAUUGUACGUGUGCGGUCGUUCAAAAUGUUUCGAUAUGCAGCAUGCAAAAAAAUGCACCCAAAUGGAUGAGUCUUUAGGUGAGGUUAUGAAGGUUUGCCUUCAUAGAAUUGGCAUUUUCAUUGGGUGCUUGGCGUUUGACGCGCCUGUCUCGCAUUUCCAUAAAGGAAUACGGUAAUUAGCGUGUAUUAUAUUAAUUCGAUAUUUUCCAUAUGUUGCUGUGCGACUGUGGUGUCCAAUUUCAUCUUUAGUGUUAAGUAUUAUAGUCCCAAACUGAUUGAUACAUAAUUUACUUCCUCGAAUAUGAAAUGUAGAAUAUAAAUCAACAAAUUUAAUGUCAACGCAGAAAUGUAAGUACAAGGAUCUGUGAGGUCAUUUUCAAAUUAUUUUGAUAUUUGCCAUUUUUCCGCUCGCGCAAAUAUAUCUACUUGUCGCAGCUGUAAUUUUUGUACGAGUUCUAGUGGAUAUAAAUGCUUCCCUGUCACUUUAACGAAAAGACAUAAAUUAUUAAAUGUGAUAGCUUUAAAACCAUUUUUUUAAUGACAACAUUAUUUCUAGUGGCAACUCUAAGGUAGAACUAGGGAUGGGCUGGUAUUAUUAAAUCUCUAAAGCUACACAUCUGGUACUAUUUCUAAUUUCAUAUAUUAUGAAAACUACCAAUAACAAUUGACAAAGAAAGCAUUCAUACAGCCAAACAUAGAACCUUCUUGAAAGUCAUAAAUGACAUAAUUAUCAUUAAUAAUAUAUUGCAAACAAUAUAAAUUGUAUGUAGUUUACAUUGAUUAAUGUAUAGACAAAAAAAACAUACAUACAGACGAACGUAGAACCUUCUCCUUUUUGGAAGUUGGUUAAAAAUGGAUAGGAUAGCUGCUAUAUUAUUGUAAGCCCAAUAUUAUCUAAAAGCCUAUGACAUCUAUGACCUGAUGAAUUUUCAGGUUUUAUAAAAUUUCAAAGGUCUUCUAGGCUUGUGGUCUAAUAGAGUAUCACCACAGGCAACCAAAAUUUUAUUUGAUGGUGGUACCUGCUCAAUCACUCAAAAUUUAUGAAAAUUAGGCUCAUUUGCGGACCACAGACUAUCAGACUAUUUUGUGGCAUUUUGUCAGUCCUGCUACCCUAUUUACCAUACACCAUUACCCUAUACACUAUUGCAGAUUUGUUAAGCGCAUCUUCUUGCUAAUAACCAUACACCAAUUCAAAAUGUAUAUAAAAAGUCUGUGGGAGACAUUUGUUGUGAUUAUGGAAAAUGUCCAUGUUUACGAACAUCGACAGAUAAUAAGGCGUAACGUAAAGACGGUGCGAUUGUAAAUUAUUAUUCAACUAUGGUUGUAUUUAUUGCUAUAUUUUUCGAACUUCUUAUCGUAGACCUGAAGUAUGUGCCUCCUCUAGUUUGUAGAAGUAUUUUUGAACGAAUGUUAACCGAUACGGUUAAAUGUUAUUGUAGUUUGAUAGCGUUAAUACUCAAAAAGUGCCAAGUAUUUAAACUAACUGCCACUUUGGCGGUUCCACUCUCAUUCCUCUAGCACAGUAAAUAUUGCAAAGCAAAGAUAUUGUAACAUAUAAUUAUCGAUCUCCUAUUAAAAAGUGGAUGCACAAUCAGUGGCCAAAAAACGUCCCCAAUGCCAAACACAACUUCUUGGCACUCAAUUUAAUUAGUCGCAUUUUGCAAAUUCAACCUUAAACUCAAUCCUUAAGGUUGAAUUUGCUCUGAAUUUGGGAUUUUAUUGAAUAUUGGACUAUAUUUAAAGGCCUAGAUAAAAUAAAGGACUUUAGGCAUAAUUUUCUUUAUCAAUAAUUCUAAAACUGUCAAAGAAAAAUUGGCCAUUUAUUAAGUGAAAUUUUCUAAAUGAUUGUGCGUCCUUUUAUUAUAAAAGAUCAAUGUGUAUAAUAAAGAAAAUAGCUGUCUCCUCUGUGAUUGGUGUUGAUGUCAAAAAAAUUUAAUCUAUCUAGUAUCUAUAUUUAAAUAGGGUACUUUAAUUAUGUAUUUUGUAUAUUUUACUUUAUGUAAAUUGUAGUAUAAUGCCAUAAAAACUUGAAGGUAAAGAAACCUUUCGUGCACUGACUAUUGUAAAAAAAUACUAAUAUAAAAUGUUAUUUAAUGCAAUUUUAUUAAAUAAAAAAUUAUACAAUUUAAUUAUUAUCGACGUGAGUUGCAUGCUCAGGGAAGUGAUAAAGCAGUAGGUAUCGUAAUAUUGUGUACAUGUGAUAUAUUUGUUCUCUCUUUAAUCUAGACUUUAACCAUUAUAAUGUCUGUCUUUGUAAUAUAGUACAACAAAUAAUGAUAAUGUGUAGGUGGAAGACAAAACCUAAAACAAUAUUGUUCUUGACUUCCGAUUCAUAUAAAUGACACAUGCUUGUAUCAAAAGUUUGCACUAAUCUAAGAUGUACUUAAAAAGUGAUAUUGUUAAUGUAAUAUUUUGGUUCACGUUUUAUUGAGAAUUUGUUAUUAAAGCUAAUAAUGCAUAUUCUAAAUGUUAUAUGACUUACGAUGGCCUUAGCAUUGUAACAUGCCUGUAUCAAUGGCCUUCAGGAACACCAUACUUAAACUGUGAUUCACUAUACAAACUCAACUGAUAUUUUAUAAUUGUGUUUUCUGUAUAAAAUUUACAUUUUAUUGCAAUACAAAGCACUUUAUUUGACAAAAUAAAAUGGAUUUGUAGCUGUUUUUAAUUUAUAACAAGCACCUAAAUAAUUGAAGGAAAUUGAAAAUUGUUACAAAAUUACAUUGUUGUCCUAUAAAUAUUGAAGUAAUUAAUUGUAAGAAAAUUUAUGUAAUGUACAAAUUAAUAUUUCUUUAAAGUAUAUUAUUAUGUUAUUUAUUUCACCUAUUUCACUUUGUUAAUAAAAUUACAUAUUUAAGUUCCAAUUUAA